AAACAUCCCUCGUCCCCCGUGUUCUCGAUGUGGCAUACCUCAGAAGCACUCACAUCCCUUACACAUCUUACCCAACCUCAUCUAGUACUCCACUCGGAAUGAUACGUAGUAUCCUAGUCGGAGUCUUGUGUGGCAUAUCCGCUAUCACAGCGUCUCCGGUCCUUCGAAAGCGAGACUUUCCGGAUCCGGAACCGUGCACGGGGAACUGCUCAUGGAUUCACGAUCCCAACAUCUACAAGGACAGCAAUACGUACUAUCGUUUUUCGACAUCGGGAAACAUUGCCAUUGCUACUGCGCCCUCCCUCACUGGCCCUUGGGAAUACAAAGGUGCACUACUCGAUAAUGGGACCAAGAUCAUCGUCGACCCGCACGGGCAGGACAUUUGGGCACCAAACAUCGCCAAGAUAGGCGACAUGUUCUACGCAUACUAUAGCGUCAGUACAAUGGGCUCACAAGCUAGCCAAAUCGGCGUCGCCACCUCCUCCAAACUGGACCCAGGCACCUGGAUCGACCACGGCAGCUUCGGUCUCCCGCACUCCCAAAACUACAACCUUAUCGACCCUGCCAUCUUCCAGGAUUCGGACAAUGGGCCGUUAUUUCUCACCUUCGGCUCCUACUGGAACGGAAUCUACCAAACUCCCCUCGAAACCACUGAUCUUAUCAGUUACUCCAGCGGUGGUGGCGCCUCGUUGACGAACAUUGUCCGCAACACGACCGUGGGCAUGGAUGUCGUGGAAGGUGCGAUCAUGUUCAAGUGGCAGACCAAGUACUACGUCUUUUUCUCUGCGGGGAACUGCUGCGCUGCGCCGCCGAAUCUGCCGGCGCCGGGCCGCGAGUAUCGCGUUAUGGUGUGCCGCGCUGAUCAGGUUACUGGACCCUUUAAGGACAAGGACGGGAAGGAUUGCUUGGAGAGUGGAGGGACGCUGGUGCUUGGGAGCCACGGGGAUGUGUAUGCCCCUGGUGGACAGGGUGUUAUGGUUGAUGAGGGGAAGCCGGUUAUGUAUUAUCACUAUGUGAAACCGAGCGUGGGGUACGCUGCGGACCAGUUCUUCUUCGGCUUCAACUACCUCGACUUCUCUUCCGGAUGGCCGGUCGUAGUAUGAUGGAUCUGGCUCCUAUUUUCUUCUAUUGAAGACUAUUAGCAAGAGAUGGAAUAUCUAGGUUGUUGAAGGGUACGGGUUUGAGUACGGGAUCGGCGUGUACCGGCGCCGUCGUCUGGUGGCACCUCUUUCAAAGCGGGGUAUCUCGUGGGCUGGCUUAUUCGCUUAGAAUUUUCAUUUGGUGGGCUCCCUUAGGGUAAUGAGGCAGACCAUGGCGCGGCUUGUUUGUUUGGGACUUGUGGUGUUUUGGUUUGACUGGAAGGAUACCCAGGGAAUGUCACGGACUAACGACGUUACGAUUGCAUGCGAUCACGGCUGUUCUGGGUAUUUUCAGGAUGUGGCACGUAAAGACUAGGCACACGGUGGGCGUUAACUGGAAUGUUCUUUGCGUUCGGAGAUCUUUGAGCAAUAGUAGAAAAAGAUGUCUGAUAG